GUAGACAGGAACAAGUGCUCCGGGGAAGAGACAGGGAACAAUAGUGCCCUUUGGAACCGCCAUGACUCAUGCUUGAAGCUUUCAUAUCAGAAAGUUCAGAGUCCCAUUAAAGGACACCUGAGACAGGCACAAAAAAGUCAUCCAGGACCAACAAAAGCACUGAUUUCAGCUAUGCCAGAUGCAUGAAGUGGCAUCAACGCCUGCGGCUUAACCACCGCUGCACCUCCUCAUCUCCAUAUUCUCCUCCUCCUCACAGUAUCCAAUCUCCUUCAGCCCUCCACCACAUCACACAUGUAGUCUUUCCCCACAACACCCACACAAACACAGGCACACACAUUCCUUCUUCCUUUUCUCUCUUUCGUAUACACACACACACACACACACACACACACACACAAGCCCUCCUGCCUAGGGAUUUGAAGAUGUGACUGAGGCUGGUUUGUAAUCAGAUGAAAGAAGAGUAUAAUCCCGAAGCUCCCUCCAUCUUUUUUACUGCUGGAGUGGGGAUGCUGAAGGAGAGGACAAGGGCCAGGAUGGGUGACGUGUGACGGAGAGAUCUGUGCCGACGGAUCCUGCCUUUAUAAGGACCUAGACUGACGCUGCACUCUUAGGAGUCUGGGAUGACCGCAGAGAUCACUGAAGAGAGAGUGGACGGGUAAAGACCGGGCAGAGAGGACAUCAAAGAGAGCUUCGUCUGUGACUGGGACACAAGCAGAUAUCCAAUGGCAGAGGCUGGGCGCACUGUGUCGACCCCUUCAGACCCUGUCACAGCUGAGUGCAGUUCAGCAGAGGUGAAGUCUGGAGAUGUACCACUGAAGAGCUCCAAUGAAGCAUCACACUCCCCAAAAGACCUCAGAGACAGCAGCCAGAUUGAUCAACGCACUUCGAGCGGUCGCUGUAUUUCCGAGGCCCAUGUGUCUGGUGGUGUGUGCUCACAGCCGGCGAACCAUCAAAAUAAGCACACAUGUAGGGGUCCGCUGACAGUGCACAGGGAACAUGCCUUAUCUCCUCACAAAGUCCUACAAGACCACAGUCUCUUAUCAAUACAAAGAAGCCACUCAGACAGCUUGCAGAUUUUUAAACAGGCCGCAGCUUCUCCUCUCUACUGUGAAACGGGUGCGUCUUUUUGCCAAGGACGAAACCAGGAUGCGCAGUCGUUUCCUUCUUUAGUGUGUAAACAGGCCAUGCCGCUUCAGCAGAACAAUACGAUGACCACGUCCACCAGAGCAGGAAGCAGCGGAUCGGGCAGCCCAACUCAACCAGCCAAGCACGGCUUCAUUCAGAUCUGUGAAGUCAUUCCAGAAUCCACGUGCCCAAAAUUCGAGGAAGCUGUUUGUUGUAACUCGCACUUCCACCAUGGAGCUGUCGAGGACACCUUUGCGGCAUAUUGCCACCCGCAACCGAUUCCUGCCCCGGCCCAGCUGAUUCCGCACUUGAUAGGAAUGGAGGAGAACUACAAGGGCCAAGUAUCAGCAGGCAACCUGCUCGCUCUCCCUCGGCUCAUCUCUUCUGUCAGCGAGACCGGAUUGGACGGCAAGCGACUCCUCCGCUGCUGCAAUCCGGACUGCUCUUGGCCUGCUCCGCUCCGUCCAAUCGGCGCCCAACAGUGGGUGGAUGAAACGUCCAAGAGGGAAGCGGGGACCAUGACCGCAGAAAAGGAACUGAGAGAUGUAGGAGUGCAAGUAGGUCAGGACUCUGAGGAACAGCCCCAGCACGUGUUCCCAGAAGUGUGCCUGGUUGAGGAGAAGACGAAUGCGAGCGGCAAAGCGCCGUCAAAGAGUCAAAAGUCUCCUGUGAGGGAGGUAAAAUGGGAUGCGGAGGGCAUGACCUGGGAGGUGUACGGAGCCUCGGUCGAUCCUGAGGAACUCGGCCUCGCCAUUCAGAAACAUCUAGAGAUACAGAUCAAAGAAACUAAGGGAAUAGCGGCAAAGCUCACACGCCAGAACACAACAACAUCCCAGCACAGCUCAGGAUCGACCCAGAAGAGAAAAAAGGGGUUGCUGGGGUUUCUGCACCGCCCGGGCUGUUGUUCUCGCACCACCGGUGCAGUGGACUAAAGGACCCCAAAAAGACAUUUGAAAUAUUCAACCGCCAAGUAAAGAUUAAAAAUAGAGAUUUUUUUAGCAACUGUAUCUUCUUUUUCCUUGUAUAUUUUAGAACUGGGUAAUACUUUCCAAAAAAAUCAUGUCUUCCCUUACUUUCUAACACCUCACGUAAACGCUGUAGUAGUUUGCGCAGUAGAUUUAAGAACUUUUUAUAAUUUAGAGUAAGAUUGUGGGCUAUUUUAUAAUAGUUAACUGCUCUUUGGUUUUUGUUUUCCCAUCAGCAAAUUAUAACGAUUAUGACAUUAAGUUCCUGUCUUGCAUUAUUGUAUGUGGAAUGUCCAUUAAAUGAAAAGAUUUUAUUGUAUAAAUCUGUGGAAGCACUGUGAUGGGGUAAAACACAGUAACUGUGGCGCUAUCUGCUGGUGAAAGCGUGAUAGUUAGACCGAGGGUAUCAGAUCUUAUGUGCAAAUACUAUUUACAAUACACUAUUUUUCAAAAAUUUUGGGUUUUCGGAAAUAAAUUUAAUAUGUGAUUUGGUGCUCAAGAAAUAUUUAUUGUAAAUGGUUGUGCUGUUUAAUUGUUGUCAGGAUUCUUGACUAGAGAGGUCAAAAGAACAGUAUUUAUUCGAAAUAGAAAUCUUUUGUAACAUUACAUGUCUUUACUGUCACUUCUGACAUCCUAACUUAAUGAAAGCAAUGAAAGCAUCUAUUUCUUUCAACAUAUAUGACCCCAAGCUUUUAAAUAUAGCGUAUAUUAAUAUUGAAGAAUAAUAUUAAUGAAAUGUAAACAGUAAGAUAUUAGAUGUAGCAGGUGACCUAAUUAUUUCAGUUCUUACUUGUAAGUACAUUUCAAUAUAUAUAUAUAUAUAUAUAUAUAUAUAUAUAUAUAUAUAUAUAUAUAUUAUAUAUUUCUUAUAUCAUUUCUGAUCAAUUUCACAUUUAAUGAAAAAAAUUGCACUUGAUUUUACUACAGCAUCACAUAAACGGUUAUUGGGAGAUAACAAAGAAGACAGAUUAAAGUGUAUUCGGAGUAACACAUUUUGACUCUUGAAAGUAGAAUAAGGUUUGUUGAGUUAUUUGUCAAAAGCAAAUUAAAUGUCUCACCAGCAGCAUUGUUUUCAUUGUUGUAUUCUGUAACAAUAAAAGCAAUAUGGCACUUAACUGAAAA